CGCGGCGCAUGCGCGCCGAGCCCCGGGCGCGGGGCCGCUUCCGCCGCCGCUAUGGGCGUCCCGGGGCUGACGGGCUUCGUGGGGGAGCGCGAGGCGUUCUUCGCGGAGCUGCGGGUGCGGGACACCAAGCUGGUGAUCGACGGCAGCAGCCUAUACUACCACCUCUUCUUCGCCUCCGCCGCCGAUUCCCGCCGAGGCGGCGACUACGGCCCGUUCGCGGCGGCCGCGGGCGAGUUCUUCGCCGUCCUGCGGGCCUGCGGCGUGGCCUCCUUCGUGGUGCUGGACGGCGGGCGCGGGGCGGCCGACAGGAAGCUGGGCACGCUGCGGGAGCGCGCCGCCGAGCGUCUGCGCAGGGCCCACGGGCUGUGCCGCGGGGAGGGCGGCUGCGUGCUGCCGCUGCUGGCCCGGCACGCCUUCGUGCAGGCGCUGCGCCGGGCGGCCGUGCCCUUCGUGCAGUGCUGGGCCGAGGCCGACCGCGAGGUCGCGGCCCUGGCCAACCGCUGGGGCUGCCCCGUGCUGUCCCUCGACAGCGACUUCUUCAUCUUCGAGCUGGUGGGCGGCUACUGCCCGCUGAGCGCCUUCGGCUGGCGGGACGUGCGCGCCGAGCGGCGGGGCCGCUACAUCCCCGCGCGGCGCUUCGAGGCGGAGAGCUUCUGCCGGCACUUCGGGCGCCUCAGGAGGAGCUUGCUGCCCCUCUUCGCCGUCAUGAGCGGCAACGACUACGUGGACGCGGCGGCCUUCGAGGGCUUCUUCGGCAAGGUGCGUCUGCCCGGGAAGCACGGCCGCGCGCGGGGGCUGCUCGGCUGGCUGGCGGGCUUCGCCGGGCCCGAGGAGGCGGUGGACGCCGUGCUGAAGCACCUGGGCAGGCGGCGGAGGGACGAGGUGAGGGAGCUGCUGCGCGCCGCCCUGGAGGACUACGCGCCGUCAGAGGUGAACCUCGAGGAGUUCUUCCAGGAGGGCCGCUACCGCUGCGAGGAGGCCGAGGCCUCGGGCCUGCCGCCGUGGCUGCUGGGCGCCUUGGCCGAAGGCGAGGUGGCCCCGCUCGUUAGAAACGUCCUGACGCUGAGGAGCACCUUCCUCCACGUCCAGGUGGAGGACAUGCGGCGGCCCAGCGCGCACGGCACCGCGCUGCCCAUCCGACAGGUUCUCUACGGCCUGCUGCUGCGCACGCGUCCCGCUGCCGACGCACAGAGUAACUCACAGAGCGGCACGCUGCCGGCUGUGUGCGAGUUCAACAGAGUCCAAAAGUCAAUUAAAAAAACGUUUGUUCAAGCAGCGAGCCUCCCCGCGCCUUUUUGCGAUGAUGGUUUUUCUUUGGACAAGUUAGUGGAGGUGCCUAUGUCACGCCGUCAGCUACUUCUGCUGGAGACUUUAGGAGUGAAAAUGAGUUUGCUAGAAUCUGUCCCUGCCCACUUACAGCUCCCUGUUGCUGUAACCUGUUAUUGGACGCGUUGUUCGGAGCCAAAAGUGAAUUUGCAUCACUUAAAGGCUUUACUUCUAAUGAUAGUAUCUGGAGAACUGCACAGGAUAACAAAUGAUCCAGAUCUCACAGUUCUCCACGCUGAAGACAACAGUAUUGCUUAUAACAAAUUUCUAAAAUGGAAGGAAGAGAAACUGCAAAAUAAAGACUUUGAUUUAGAUGCCGCACAUGGCUUUUGCCAGUGGCAGUGCUGUCUGGAGAUGGCAUUGUAUCUCAACCAGCUCCUCUGCAGUCCGCUCCCUGAGCCAGACUUAGCUAGGCUGUACAGUGGGACGCUUGUGCAUGGACUGUAUCAAGAGCUUAAGUCAACACCUUCAGUGGAAAAUCUGUUCAGUUCUUCUCCAAAAAUGACUGAGCUUUAUCAAGUUCUGUUGAAUACAGUCAUGUCAACUGUAUCUCCAGACUUCUUUCAGAAGACCACAGAGGCCAAAUCUGAGUCCUGCAAAAAGAAAAAAGCAUCUAAAAAGACAAAGGCCAUCAGACGUGCUGUAUCUGAAAAUCAGCAUUUAUGUGAUGUUAAUAGGUUUGCAUCACUUAGCAUGGAUAACUGAGAACAUUAGUCCUAAAAUCAUUUCUAAUGCCAUGGAGAUAGAAGAAAUUAUAUUUAAAAUGCGACUGUAUUGGAAUUUGCUUGGCUGUUUUCAUACAAGUUCCUGAUAUUUUUUUAUAUUUUUACAAAGUCUCACUCCAGGAUUUAGUAUUUUUGUAACUAAAGCUCCUAUAAAAGAGGUGCUGCAUACAAA